AUGGCAGCCAGAAGAACCCUGAGAAUCGGCCUCAUCCCCGGUGACGGCAUCGGCAAAGAGGUGAUCCCGGCCGGCCGGCGCAUCCUCGAGGCGCUGCCCGCCAGCCUGGGCCUCAAGUUUUCGUUUGUCGACCUGCAGGCCGGCUUCGAGACGUUUGAGACGACGGGCGCCGCGCUGCCCGACGCCACCGUCGAGACGCUCAAGAAGGAGUGCGACGGCGCCCUGUUCGGCGCCGUGUCCUCGCCGUCGACCGCGGUCAAGGGCUACUCGUCGCCCAUUGUGGCGCUGCGCAAGAAGCUCGACCUGUACGCCAAUGUGCGGCCCGUCAAGACGGCGGCCGGCGAGAAGGGCGUCAAGCCCGUCGACAUGGUCAUUGUGCGCGAGAACACGGAGGAUCUGUACGUGAAGGAGGAGCGCACGUUUGACGACGCCAGCGGGCGCGGCGGCAAGGUGGCGGAGGCGAUCAAGCGCAUUUCCGAGCAUGCGUCGCACCGCAUUGCCACGAUGGCGGGCGAGAUUGCGCUGCGCCGUCAGAAGAUCCGCGAUGCGGAAGCCGCCAGCGGCGGGCGGACGACCAGCAUCCACGCGCGGCCCAUGGUCACCAUCACGCACAAGUCCAACGUGCUGUCGCAGACCGACGGCCUGUUCCGCUCGACGGCGCGCGCGGCGCUGGCGGCGCCGCGCUUCAGCAGCGGCGUGACCGUGGAGGAGCAGAUUGUCGACUCCAUGGUGUACAAGCUGUUCCGCCAGCCCGAAUACUACGACGUGAUUGUGGCGCCCAACCUGUACGGCGACAUUCUGUCCGACGGCGCCGCGGCGCUCGUCGGCUCGCUGGGGCUUGUGCCCAGCGCCAACGUCGGCGAGACCUUUGCCAUUGGCGAGCCCUGCCACGGCAGUGCGCCCGACAUCCAGGGCCAGGGCAUUGCCAACCCCAUCGCCACGCUGCGCAGCACGGCGCUGAUGCUGGAGUUUCUCAACGAGGAGGCGGCCGCCGCCAAGAUCUACGCGGCCGUCGACGCCAACCUGGCCGAGGGGAAGCUGCUCAGCCCCGACCUGGGCGGCACGGCCAAGACCGAGGAAGUAUUCCAGGACGUCGUCAGAAGGCUGUAA